ACCUACUUACCAACUUGCUGCUAUCCAACUUGGCAACCAAUUGGUGGCUAUGGAACAUUGGAGGAACUCUUAGAGGUCAUCACUUGGUCACAGUUGGGCAUUCAUGAUAAGCCAGUAGGUCUGCUAAAUGUGGAAGGCUACUACAACUCACUCUUGUGUUUCAUAGACAAAGCAGUUGAAGAAGGUUUCAUCACGCCCUCUGCCCAUCACAUUAUUGUUUCUGCCCCCACUGCUCAUGAACUCAUGUCCAAACUUGAGGAUUAUGUUCCAAAGCAUAAUGGAGUUGCACCAAAACAGGGUUGGGAGAUGGAGCAACAACUUGGCUACACAACAGCAAUAAAGGGCGAAAUUGCUCGUUGACGCUUAAUUUGUCACUUUCUUAUUAUUGAAUUUGCCCAUUAGGGCUUACCAAAAAACCUGAUUAAACUGCAGUAAGUUGAUUGUUUACAAGUAAUAUUUGUGUCUGUACCUGAAUGUCGUCCAAUUAAAUUAUUCCAUUAAGCAUCUAGAACUGAUGUACUUUGUAUAAUGUGUAUAAAGUGUGCUCCUUUCUUAUUUAAUAAAAUUUUGGAGGAA